AUGCCUCAGAUCUUUUUAACUGGCGCCACUGGCUACAUCGGUGGCGAGAUUCUUCACACCCUGCAGCAAUCGCAUCCCGAGUACGAUAUUACUGCUUUGAUCAGAGAUCAGGAAAAGGCCAACAAGGUCACCGCUGCUUUCCCCAAGAUUCGGGUUGUCCUUGCAGAUUUGGACAAUGUCGACAUUAUCGAGGAAGAAUCACGGAAGGCCAACGUUGUCAUUCAUGCUGCUAGCAACAAGCACAUCGCGAGCGUGAAAGCCAUCGCAAAGGGACUCGAAGCACGCUCGGAUGGCCAUUAUAUCCAAGUGACUGGAGCCAGUGUUCUUGCAGGUCCAGAAGUCGACAGCAACUCAUACGGCGAGCCAUCGGAUAAGAUCUUCGAUGAUUUGGACAACGUUGGAGAUCUCCGAAGUAUCAUUCGAGCCUAUAAAGACCGUCGUGUGGUAGACAACUACAUCCUUGACCUUGGCUCAAGUGGCCCCAAAACUGCCAUUAUCUUCCCCCCGAUCAUCUUUGGUGCUGGUAAAGGUCCUGUGAACCAACGAAGCAUUCAGAUCCCGUCCUUGGCCCGAUCAGCGCUCCAGCAGCAUGCUGGCCUCUAUCUCAACAAGGGUCUCAGUCGAUGGGGUGUCAUCCACGUUUCUGAUUUGGCUAGCCUCUUUGUUAAACUGACAGAGCAUGCCGUCAAUGCUACUCAGGUUCCCAUUUGGAACGAGAAUGGUCUUUUCUUUGCCGAGAACGGCUUCGAGAGCUUCAAAGAUAUUGCUGGACUUAUUGCUAAGGAGGCUCACAGCCUAGGCUACAUCGAGUCCCCUUAUUCGGUGAAAUCAAUGAAUGUCGAAGAGGCCAAUACAGUCAUUCCUGGCGGGGUGGUAUUCUUGGGCACCAAUGGCCAAGGACAGGCUUUGCGAGCUAGGAAAUUGGUGGGUUGGCAGCCAGAGGGAGUGCCAUUCCCAAAGGCAGUGCGCGAGACUGUUGUUGCUGAGGCAGCGCGCUUGUAA